AUAGGGUUUUAGUUUCCAUCUAGCACAGAACAGCUGGGUUAUUGUAACGAUCUAAAAGUUUCCAGGUGUAUGUACAGGUAUUGUUCCUGUCAACUCAUCAGAUGUUUGAUAGGAUGAAGGAAUAAAAAUGUUUUUUUUUCCCUCCCGUCUCCAGAUGAAUCCAAGCCCAAACCCAAGUUCAUGGCAAAUAUUUCAGCCCCAAAGAUGCCUGAAGGAGAAAAGGUGGACUUUGAUGACAUCUACAGGAAGCGUCAGGAGAAGGAUCUGGCUGAGCUGCAAUCUCUGAUUGAAGCUCACUUUGUCCAGAGGAAGAAAGACGAGGAGGAGCUCAUCUCCCUUGUGAACAGGAUUGACAAGCGUCGUGCUGAGAGAGCCGAGCAGCAGAGGGUCAGAGCUGAGAGAGAGAAGGAGAGGCAGACCAGGCUGCUGGAGGAGAAGGAGCGGAAGGAGCAGGAGGAGCAGCGCAAGAAGCAGGAUGAGGACGCAAAGAAGAAGAAGGUCCUGACAAACAUGACUCAGCAGUACGGCACCGGACAGAAGACUGACAAUAGGAGAGGAGGCAAGAAGCAAACGGAGAGAGAGAAGAAGAAGAAGGUCCUGGCAGACCGCAGGAAGCCUCUCAGCAUUGAUCACCUUAGUGAGGAUAAACUCAAGGACAAGGCCAAGGAGCUGUGGGAUUGGCUGAAGGGGCUGGAGGCUGAGAAGUAUGACCUCGGAGAGAAACUCAAGAGACAGAAAUAUGAUAUUAACCAGUUGGUCAAUCGAGUUCAGGACCACCAGAGUGCCAAAGGUCGUGGCAAGGGCAAGAUGGGCGGCCGGCUGAGGUAAAGCUAAACCUGACGGAGUGGACGCAGACCGUCAUAUCCGUUCAUGUGUUCAUCAUCAUCCUAAUAGGAUUAAACGACCAUGUCCAGGAGGAUGGAGAGCCUUCACCAGCACAUGCUCUUUAUCAUGUUGUACAUGUCAACUACAAAGAGAUUAAAACAAUAAAUAAGUCACUUCACUCACUCUGAUCCCUUCGUGAAGACCAUAAACAGCC